AUGCCUUCCAGCAAAGCUUUUAUUGGCUACAGAAGAUAUGACGAAAAUAAUUUGGAGAUUCAAAGCAGUGGCUACUUACAGUUAUGGGCGCCAUGGACGCCACUGACUACCAGCUGGCCUAAUAGUGGUGGUUUGGAUUGCAUCGUGAUGGACGGAUAUACAGAAUCAUGGCAUGAAAACGACUGCUACGAAGACGUUUCUGCUGUUUGCUCCCCACCAUUCAGAUUAUCUCAAGCUACUACUGCCAUUCCGACCACAAACACCACAAGUACAAGCACCACAAGUACAAGUAUCACAACAAGCACUGUCCCAAGCACAAGCACCACCAGCCAAGUUGAUGAUACUUUGUCCAGUGUCCAGGACUGUCAUUGUCAGUGCAACAGCAGCAGUGAGGCUAUAAUCAUCUACCCGAUUACAAACAUCACUGAUGAACUACAGGCUAAACUGGAUAAUCUGAAGACGGAAACCAUGGUUGACGAGGAGACUUUGUCGGCGACGUUAAGAAAAAGAACCAGUGCCAGUGAUUCACGCCCCUCCUCGGCGUACGUUGGGUACCUAGGAAUAGCACUUCUGUCUAUAAUUUUGGGAGGAAUUCUCCUUUUGGAUCUACCUCGUCUAAUUUUAUUUAUCAAACGCUAA